UAAAAAUAGACACAGAGGUAGCCUGCUGGGGCGGGCCAAAUAAUUUCAUAAAAGAGGGACCCGCGGGUUGGAUAAAAACUCGACCCGCGCAUCACUAACAUUUACUUUUUUUGCACUGACUUGAACAGUCCGGCAACGCACCUUUUCAUGCAGUGAAAUGGAUUCAGUCUAUGAAAAUGCAUCAGGUGAAAAAUGCUCUCAAUUCAUCGGUAACAGCACCAACGAGCAAAAAAAUGUGAAGGUCGUUUAUCCCUCUAAAUGGAUCAAAGUUCUUCUGAUUGUUUUUUCUGUCUGUCUAUUUUUUGCUCUUGGAGGUCUUUGUAUUCUAGGGAUCCUGUAUAUCCGUGUUUCAAUGCAACUGUAUGCCCAGGAAACUAAUGGCACAAAUUACAAAGGAAAGUUUGAUGCGCUUCGCAACCAGCAUGAGGAGACACUUAGAAAGCUGAACAGAUGUAAUGACAGCACAAGUUGUGCACAUUGUGCCAUCGAAUGGAUUCAUUUUGGAGGAAAGUGUUACUACUACUCUAAAGUCAAGAUGAACUGGACACAGAGUCGAGAUCACUGUGUGACUUUAGGAGGACAUCUAGUGAUCAUAAACAGCAAAGCAGAGCAGGAUUUUGUUAUCUCAAAAGUUAAAGGGAGUCACUGGAUUGGACUUAAUGAUUUGGACAUUGAGGGUCACUUUGUUUGGGUGAAUAACCAGGCACUUAACAAUUCACUGGAAUUCUGGAUGAAACGGGAGGAUGGAAACAAUGAGCCUGAUAACUGGACUAAAAAUCACCCAGCUGGUGAAGAUUGCACUUGUCUGGGUCACUUAAGUGGGGCGAGUGAAUUCUGGUUGGAUGAUUUUUGUUUUGAAGAGAAAAAAUUUGUGUGUGAAACUGCUGCAGCUGUUUAAUUCAAUGCUUCUAAAUACUUCACACAAAAGUUAUCAUAUUGUCAUACAGUUUCAUGUCUUCCAAACAUAUCUUGUCAGUUUCUCAAUAUUUGACCUUAUAGCAUGCUUUAUUAAAUUGCCACACAGGCCAAUAUUCUGAGACCCCUGAUCAUAAUCUAUUAAAACAAAAAAGUAUCUAAAAUAAAAAGCA